GAACACGUGUGGGAAGAAGAGGGCGCUAUAACACUACAACGGUCUCGUGGAUUCAAGAUGGCAGCUUCCAUGGCUCAACUUUAAUGAUUUCAAGCCAGCUUAUAUAAUUGUUGAUUUCUUCGUCAUCUGGACACUGAUGCUUGGUAUUUAUGGCUAGUCAGCAUUCUGAGAUUUUGAGCAAUACACAGAAGAUAAGUCUCCUACAGCCCCCGUCUAUUUUGUAACAGGUCACUGCUUGAGGAAUUUCAACAAAGUGCUAUGGGUCCAAUAUCAGUAGCUGUGCUUCCUAAAGGACUCUCAUGUUGCUUUCAUCAUCUUAAGCCAUUGUGGAGGACAGAGACACGUUGUAAACUGGAGACUACUUUUGCAGUGUUGACAGUACCUGUGAUGAAUGAUAACAAUCCAAAGUAUAUGACAACUCAGAGAUGUCAUACAAAGAGUAGUAGAAGCCAUUGGCAGUUCUCAUCGACCCAAACUCCUAAUGUAAAACCGAGGACAUGUUCCCAUACACUUCCGACUGCACUGUUGUCUGGGAAGAUGUGCCUGCAUCAAGUGCCGCUAGGACUCUUUCAGUCAAGACGUUACAUAUCCACAGAACCCACCACAGCUUAUGAGGUCUUGCUGGCCUCCAAGCCUGUCCAGUUAUCCCAGGCACUCUUGGAGUACAGCCAUGACUUGAUGGGUCUCCCCUGGUGCGCCAGUCUUGUCUUAUCCACCUUCUUGCUCCGAGCCAUUCUCACCUUCCCUUUGGGAAUCUACAGCCAGUACAUCAGAGCAAAGGUGGAGAGACUGCAGCCAGAGAUUGUCAUGAUGGCCAAGCAGGCGUUUGUCCGGAGGUUUGCAGAAAGAGCAAAACUAGAAGGAUGGUCUGAGAAACGAGCCGAGAAAACAGUCAUGGGAUUGGUGAAGCAUUACUCCAAGGAGUUGUUCAUCCGUGAUAAUUGCCACCCAGCUAAGGGGUCCAUAUUGUUCCUGGUGCAGUUCCCACUGUGGGUGUGUCUUUCAAUGGCACUCAGGAACAUGACUGGGGCCUUCAGUGGAACCGUCUAUCUUGAUCCGGCCAAUGUUGUUCCCGCAUUGUCAAUAGAGGGCGCUCUUUGGUUCCCAGACCUGACUGUGCCGGAUCCGUUCUACAUCCUCCCUGUGCUGGUUGGAGUCUUGAACCUGUGUAACAUAGAGAUGAUGGCCUUGCACAGUAACCCGGUGUCCCGGACGCAGCGUUACGUCACCAACUUCCUCCGCGGCCUAUCGUUGGUCAUGAUUCCUAUAGCAGCUUAUGUGCCGACAGCGAUGACUCUCUAUUGGGCCUCCUCUGCAUUCUACGGUCUAAGUCAAAACAUCCUCCUGAAAUCACCCAGGGCCCGCUCCGUCCUCAACAUCCCCUCGGCCCCGUCCGAUAGCCAGACGCCGUUCCGAGACAUGGCCGACAUCUUCAAGUCAAAGUACCUGCGGAGAAAGGGGACAAGUGUGAAGGAAGAGACAGGAGGAGAUGCAAGGGAGGAUGUCGUGAAUGAAACAGGGAGAGACGGAGAGGGGGUGCAAAAGAUGAGAAGUGGGAAGAAGGAGAAGAGAUGAUACAGGAGAAAGGCUGACAAUAGCAAACCAAGACUAGACUUGACUAGUCCUGCUGGACAUGAUUUAUGCUCAGCGACUAGGUCAGUUAUUGAGCCAGUUACUAGUUAGUGACUCAUUUAGUCAGAGGACAAUAGGCUGGCCAGCAGAAAUUUUUAAGGAGAUCAGGAGCUCUUCAAGAGAAGUAGGAUUCUUCAAGACGUGAAGAUGCCUGCACCUUGAACAGGAAGAGGCAAGGUGAGGAACAAUGGUAAUAUAGAGGAUGGUGGAGAAGUGUUGAAGUUUCUCGCGCCCUGUGCAAUUUUCAAGUUUAACCAGAACAUUUUUUUUUAAAUUAAUUGCUAUUUUUUUCUAGCAAUAAAAAAAGUUAUUCACCUUUGAAUUAGACGAAUUAAAAACACUCGCCCUCGUUUAGUUGUGCGAUAAUUACUUAAAGUUUGAAUAAUUUGAAUACUUUUUUAACUUUUUGAAUGACUUGUUUAUGUGCUAGAGGCGUGAAAGCCACCUAAAAUAAAAACCUUUCAAAAGGUUGCUGACGUUCAAAAUAGAAAACUCUUCUUUUUUUUCAAAUGAAAUUUGUUGCAAAGCAAAGGGAGAGUAAACUAAUGUUAAUACAAAGGAAUGAAAAAAGGCAACAGUUUCAGAGUGGUGAGUAUAUUGCUGUCCACUUCAAAGUCCACUCUUGCCGCUUUGAUUUUGUCAUAAAUGUUUUAUUGAUGAUAUCCUAGUGAUAAAAUUUUGGGUAACUGCCAACAUUACACAUUGGAAAUCUGCCAACUCAAGGUUUCACAGACGCGUGUCGAUAAAUGGCCUAUUAUCACCUACUGCAAAAGUCUGAUCACUGGACUGAGUGGUGAACUUGGGUGAAAGUUUUUAUGGAUGCAUGAAAGAAGAAAAAUCCUUUUCAAAUGACAUACUGUACAUUUUAUAAUGUUACUCAGACCCAUUCUUGUCCUUCAACUGAAUCAGAACAUUGAUAUCAUCGCAAGUGGGUUUAUCCACCAUAAG